AUGGACAUUGAACGACUGAAAGCCAUAACUGACAUGAAAAGAAAGCAGAGUCAUCUUAACAAGAUGAAAACAAUUUACCUGGUGGCCACUGGAGACCAUUAUCUUCAGGCUGAAGUCCUGAUGAAAUUGGACCUUCUCGAUACUAAUCAGUGGAGUGAAAGCCAUCUACACUCUGUCCGGGCUGAAAUUGUCAAGCGACUCCUUAUGUACUGGGGGCCGAGGUUUUGUUUGGCUGAUACUCCGUCUGCUAAAACAGUUGGUGCAGAUCUUAAAUUUUGGUAUGACCGUCAACUGAGACCCAAAAGAGAUGCAGACCCCUUUGCACAGACAAUAACAUUGUUACCUCUCAGACCCAAGUCAUGUGCACCAAGGAUAUCAGUGGCAAGUUUUCCGGUCCCGGAAAAUAGCUUUUUUUCUCCCAUAAAAACGAAAAGAGCCUCUUUCACUAGACGAUUCGACAGCAUAAUAUCGGCUAAGUUAAAA